GGAAAAGGAACAGGACGAAUCAUCUGAAAUCGCAUACACGAUCAAGGAAGAUGACGAGCCUGCAGAUCCAUCCACCCCAGUCGGAAAGCUUCUGACUGCGUUCAAAAGAGAAUACGACAUGAUGAUAGAGAAAACGCAGGUGAUUCAGAAUGGAGCGCAAAGUUCAAUGUGAAAUUGCACAGGUUUUACGAAAAAUUUGUGCUCGUAUGUAACUCCUUGAACGAAGAAAAGCUACGUACACAAGCUAUGACGCUUUUGCCGGAGUGGUGCAAUGCCGAACAUGGCACGGUGCUGGACAAGUUACAGGUAUUACUGUUUGAGGCAAUGAAGAGUACGAAAACUGUCCCGGUCGACUUGAAGUUUGUGAGGGAGAAGUUUAUGGAAAUAGAGCUCAAGCCGAGCAUCUCGCUUGUGAAAAGUAGAUCCAACGAAUAUUUGACCGGCUGGAUUAGGGAACAUCCUCACAUAAAAAUAGAUCCAGAUCGUUUAAGGCGCUCUGAGCUGAAUAGUUUUAUUGCUAGCAAGAAUGCUGGAGGAAUGUAUGAGUUCAAGUGCUCUCUCAGUAUGGAUGUGAGCUCUCUUAUUGUAGAGCAGACGCUAUCAUUACAUCAGUAUGAGACACUGUUCAUUGACAGUGCUUUAUACCUUGAGAAAAAGGAAAUGUUAAAUAUGCUGCAUGACGUAUUGUCUUACCUGCGGGAUGUAGAUCAUCCAACUAUAAAGGUGAUAACAAUUCGAGGGAGAUUUGAGCAAGAAAAUCUAUGCGAAAUCAAGAAUCUAUCUGAACGUUACCAUCAGAAAGUAGUGAUUGUAAUGGAGACGGGAAUCGCUGAAAACUUUGAACAUGAGAAUCAAAUAAACUUAGGAACAGUUUUAUCAUACAGUUCGAAAAUUUCAAACAUAGUACUCGAAAAUCUCUCUAAGAACAAUAAGAAACUGUCCGACUACAACGAUCUGAAAGUAGAAAGGUUUACUAUGCAUGAUCUUACAGGCGAAGCAAAGGAACAGCUGUUCCAUGAUCAUGAAAAUCAAAUCAUCUUUGGUACAGUCACACCGCUGACCAGCAUUAUACACGAAAAAGAUGAUUUGAGCUUUUUGUUGAACGUGUUAGAGGUAUUGAAUCAGCCUGAAAAGAUGGCUAGAUACGAUUCAAUCGAACACAAUUAUGAGCAAAUUAAACCUUGGUACAUUCACCGCCAAUUCGUAUCAUUUGGAACUCCGCCAGAGAAGGAGAACAUCAUACGAAAUGACAACGUAACGUAUAGUGCAAAUCCGUUUGAGCAGCAAGCAGAAGUUCCUUUUGCAGACCUGGCUAAAUAUGUUCUUCAUAAUGAUAAGGACACUAUGUCAGAUGUAAAGAAGACUCUAGCGUUGAGCGAAGAAACACAAGAACCUCCUGGUUGCCGGGAUGGCGAAAAUGAUGGGAAAGUGUACAUUUUCCUAAACGAAGCUGGGGAGGGCAAGACCACCUACUUUACCUGGCUGGCCUGGCGUUUGUCAACGUACGAUCGGUCGCUGUAUGUAAUCAAGCUGAUCGCAUUGGAAUAUUCGACAGAUUUCGAACGUUUGGAAGAAUGCAGAGUAGACCAUUGGAACGACACACAGAUCGUGAGGCUUCUGUAUCGUUUCAUUCACCUGGCGCUGUUUGUUCCGAGCGUCUGCAGGCGUACGAUCGAAGAGACGGAUGUCCACAGAGCUGAGGCCGAUCGAUGUGCGGAACUGAUCAGCCUGCCAAAUGGACGAAUAGUGCUCGACGAGACAAAGACAAAAGAUCUGACAGCGAUGCAACUGAUCGAGCUACGGUUGUUUCGGGAGAAGUUUAAUCAAAACCAGCUCGUACUGAUCCUGGAUGGGUUCGAUAAGAUCGCCCCUUACUACAAGGAUGUGGUGAUGAAGUGUUUCGCUCGUUUCGCUCAGCUAGAUGGUUUACGAAACCUGUACAUAUCCAGCCGUCGGUAUGAAUUUGUAGAAGCAUUUCAGCAAACAUUUGGCGACUUCAGUUUGUUCCAGUUGACGAAAUAUUCCAAGCAUGACAAGAUAUUAUCUCUUUACAAAUUUCUCCUCUCUAAUUACAGUGAUUACAUUCGUUGCGAUUGGGAUGAUAGGGGGCACUUACUCACUGUACUUUAUGUAAUUGUUGACGAUGCUCUGGCCGAUCUGGCAACUGUACCCCUUUGGCUACACACCGGGCUGGUUAUGCUACUACCUUUAACAAUGAAGUUUGUAAAUUUCGAUUCCAAAUCGAUCUCGAAACGUAUUUUUGCGCAAACAAAACUGGACGCACUGCAUCUGGUGGAAGGCUUUAUCGACAAACAGUUGAGCAACUACAUCACAAGCAAAAUGGGGACAACUAAUGCCGCUGCCAGAACGGUUGCGGCGCGAAGCAAUAAGGCAAGGAUGCUCAAACUGCUCAAAGAGCAGCUCAUGCUAUUGGCCAUGUACGCUAUGCUAGAUUGCAACGGCAGAGACCAACUGCUGUCUAUUGAAGAACAGGCUGAAGCUGUGGAAUUCAUUGAAAAGGUAGCCGAAGGCCAAGAGUUGCUGGGCAUUGUGGAAGGCGUGCGGGAUGGCGUGCCUCUGUUUAGAUAUCGACUAUUUGCUGAAUAUUUUGCAGCUUGUUGGUUGUUCGAAAACGAGCCAUGUGUGGGUGAGGAAAGUGUUCUUCAAUCGCCGUCAUUUUUUACAGAAUCUUUUGAGCAAGUGCAAUUCUUUUACAACCAGCUUUUGGAAAGAGAACGUGAGAGCAAACGACCGACCUAGGGCGAUCAUGCCGGCCAAGCCAGCAAGUGUGAGUUAUUUGUAUUGCAAAAAGUGAUCGUGUAAUCGGUUUCAGGCCUAUGUGAUUUUUUGUGAGAUUGAAUCACUCUUAAGGCAU